AUGAGUGCUCUAUCGCAACGGGCCACAGAGGCUGUAGGUGGGCUAGAUCUGCCUUGGAGGUUCGCGCCAAGGGGAGACUAUGACCCUGAUCAUAAUCCAACUGGAUUGAUAUCAUUUGGCACAGCUGAAAAUGUUACCAUUUCAAACGAGGACUUCUUAUACCGUGGCAGCCAUGCGGGCGGUUCUCGCUUCCCUACAGCUCUAGCUGCCCACCUCAACGAAUACUUGACUCCUAGCAGCCCCAUCACCCCAGACAUGAUCCGGUGUGUCGGUGCCGCUACUGCAAUGCACGACAUCCUUGCAUGGGGAGUUGCGGACCCUGGUGAUGGUGUAUUAACCAGUAGACCCGUGUAUGGCCGCUUCGAACUUGAUUUUGGUAACAAAUCUCAAGCGAAAGUUGUAUACUCUGACAAUAAGACCGAAGAGGCAUUCCAAGAUGGUAUCAUCGACCAUUUCGAGGAGGCUUUGCUCAGAUCCAGUGAGGCCGGCAUACACGUCAAGAUGGUGCUGAUCGUCAACCCCCACAACCCACUUGGGCGGUGUUACCCCAAGUCCACCCUUGUCAAAAUCAUGCAAUUCUGCCAAAAGCAUAGACUGCAUCUCCUGAGUGACGAGAUCUACGCCUGUUCAGUAUUCAACAGUGAUGAGCCUGCAACCCCCUUUACCUCGAUCCUGUCGAUAGAUUCCACGAAUCUCAUUGACCCGGAUCUUCUCCACGUCACCUACGGACUAAGUAAGGACUUUGGCGCCGCUGGCCUUCGUCUCGGUGCCAUCAUCACUCGAAGCCAACCAGUCCUCCGCGCAAUUGAGGCGGCCAUGCGGUUUCACAACCCUUCCGGCGCGAGUCUGGCCAUUGGAAAUGCAAUGCUUGAGGACAGAGUGUGGUGUCGAUCUUUUGUUGAUUCGUCGAGAUCUAAACUCUCACAGGCCCAUCGACACGUCACGUCACAGCUCAAGGCUAUGAACAUCAAGUACCUACCAGGAAGCAACGCAGGUUUCUUUGUCUGGAUUGAUCUAUCGCCAUACCUUCCAUCUGAACUAGAUGGCGAGUUGAAUCAAGAAUUUGCUCUUGCCAAAAGGCUGCGCGAGGCUGGCGUUUUCCUGCAUCCUCGAGAAGAACACUCGCUUGAACCAGGGUGGUUUCGGAUAGUAUACACACAAGACCCGAGAACCGUGACUGAAGGGCUGCAGAGGUAUGUUCCCUCUUCAUUUGCGGUUGAAACACUAAAAUAG